ACAAAGUCACAGGGUAAUGAACUUCGGGGACCCUUCGCCGCUGCGUGCGCGGCUGUCCCCGGAAACUCGGAUCUGGCCACCUCUCCCCUUGGAAGAUCUCCCAACCAUCUAGUUUCCCGUCUCGGCGCCUGGGCUCUGCAGCGAGGAGCUUCUUUGCCUCUGAGACUGCGGCUGUGAUUUUUGUCUUUCCACAGAAGAUCAGCGGUCUGCAGAGAGCUGCCCACUGUGCUCGCCUGUGUGGAGGGAGAUUGGAAACAGCCACAGGCAUGGGGAAAGAGGGGAAGUUCGCCCUCUUUGCUCCGUAGGAAGACCAUUUCCGUGUCUCCAUCUCUGUCCUUCAAUAUUCCCCUAGCGCUGUCCUCCCUCUUCAGUCUGCCUGUCCGCCUGUCCGUCUCUCCAUCUGUUUGUUCAAGACCGUGUCCACAUCGAGCCGCGUCCCCAGCAGCUGCAGUUUUGCUAGAGCCGGGAAAGAAACUUAAGGAUGCUUACAUUUCCACUGUGGAACGAAUUCUGAGCGCCCGGGAGAGCAGGGCAGCGCGCAACCGAUAGCCACCUGUCUGUCUCGCUCGCCUGGGAGCCCUGCAGGCUGGAGGGCGGCUGGAGAGCGGCGGCGCCGGGCGGCGACGUGGGCGCCGUGGGCCGGGAAUCCGGCACUGCCCACCAACCGCUGCGCCCCGGGACCGCCAGCAUGAGCAAGCCCGCCGGAUCAACAAGCCGCAUUUUAGAUAUCCCUUGCAAAGUGUGUGGUGACCGCAGCUCCGGGAAGCACUACGGCGUCUACGCUUGCGACGGCUGCUCUGGAUUCUUCAAAAGGAGCAUCCGAAGGAAUAGGACCUAUGUCUGCAAGUCUGGAAACCAGGGAGGAUGCCCCGUAGACAAGACACACAGAAACCAGUGCAGGGCGUGUCGACUGAAGAAGUGUUUGGAAGUCAACAUGAACAAAGACGCCGUGCAGCACGAGCGGGGCCCUCGGACGUCCACCAUCCGCAAACAGGUGGCCCUCUACUUCCGUGGGCACAAGGAAGACAACGGGGCGGCUGCGCACUUCCCCUCCGCAGCGCUGCCAGCCCCCGCUUUCUUCACAGCGGUCACGCAGCUGGAGCCGCACGGUCUGGAGUUGACCGCUGUGUCUGCCACCCCUGAACGGCAGACUCUCGUGAGCCUGGCUCAGCCCACGCCCAAGUAUCCCCAUGAAGUGAACGGGACCCCAAUGUAUCUCUAUGAAGUGGCCACCGAGUCCGUGUGCGAAUCAGCAGCCAGACUUCUCUUCAUGAGCAUCAAGUGGGCAAAGAGUGUGCCAGCCUUUUCCACGUUGUCUUUGCAAGAUCAGCUGAUGCUUUUGGAAGACGCGUGGAGAGAACUGUUUGUUCUAGGAAUAGCACAAUGGGCCAUUCCGGUUGAUGCUAACACACUACUGGCUGUAUCUGGCAUGAAUAGUGAUAACACAGACUCCCAGAAGCUGAACAAGAUCAUAUCUGAAAUACAGGCUUUGCAGGAGGUGGUGGCUCGAUUCAGACAGCUCCGAUUAGACGCCACUGAAUUUGCCUGUCUGAAAUGCAUUGUUACUUUUAAAGCCGUUCCUACCCACAGUGGCUCUGAACUGAGAAGUUUCCGGAAUGCUGCCGCCAUUGCCGCUCUCCAAGAUGAAGCCCAGCUGACUCUCAACAGCUACAUUCAUACGAGAUACCCCACCCAACCCUGCCGAUUCGGGAAACUCCUGUUGCUUUUACCAGCUUUACGGUCGAUUAGCCCAUCCACCAUAGAAGAAGUGUUUUUCAAAAAAACCAUCGGCAACGUGCCGAUAACGAGACUGCUUUCAGAUAUGUACAAAUCCAGUGACAUCUAAGGUCUCCAGCACCCACUUUCCAAGACGGGGCAGUAUCAGAUGGACAUCUACCGUGCAGUAUGAGCCUCAAAUAACGAGACUUUCUGGAAGGAGAAACCUGGGAGGAAGUGGCCUUCAGGAAAAAAAAUGUCAGUGGACACAGAAAAAUAACUAUGACUUGCUGCUCCCCUGAAGUGGGACAGCUGGAAAGACCAGGGGUUACAACGAUUACUGUCUCCAUGCCCUGGGAUGGGGUGAACUGGGGUCACCAGCACAGGCUGAGCCAGGCGUUCUGCCUCUGACCUGGGAGAUCCGGCUGAAUCAUUCACAGCUGAAAGACAAGCCGUGCUUUCUUCUCCUGUGUAGCACAUAAAGUCAGUCAGUGAACAGUUCGUGUGUGACAUCGCCAUAUACUGCGGCCUUCAGAACUCGGUUGGGUUGGAACACUGACUUAAAAAAAAAACAAUGCUUAGGUUUUAAAUCAAAAGUAUUAUCAAACGUUUUUCCUCCUAUCAUAAUACUUCAUUAAGUGGCCUUCAGAACCAAGCGAGUAAGCGGACCAUAGCUUAUGCUGUGUGGUGGUUUCCUUUCCCUCCCCCUCCCCUACCUCCUUUCUGGUUUUCUUUUCUUUUUUUCUUUUUUUCUUUUCUUAUACCGUAAGCCAGGCAACCUCGUCAGAGGUACUGAUGGCAAAGGCAUUUCUCAGCAAGACUUCAGGGUGAAUUAGCACAGCUCUACUGAAAGAACCCCGGUCCGGGAGAAUCCCGGUCUGGGAGGAUGAGUCCAAACAGCGAAACCAAAUGGAGUGGAGCCAGGUGACUGGGUGAGGCGGUCGCUGUCCCGUCAUCAAAGUGCUGAAGCCAAAGGCCGUAGGGUCAGCGAGUCACGCUAGGCAGUGAACAGGGAAGGAAGCCAGAAGGAACUUCAAGGAGAUGCGUGCUAAACGGAUUCCUGAACAUUCCACUGCUAACAGCCUGAGACUCUCAGAUGCCUUUCAGAAAACUCUGGUUUCUAAUAAAGCCUCAAAUGCAUACAUUACCCCCCCCCCCCAAUGCCAUCCUACACUCUUAAGCUGCUCCUUGGGUAUGAAUCUAUACUUAUGGAAACAUAGAAACAAUUUGAAAUAGCUGCUGUACUCUUCACGUUUUGAUUUAUUAGGUACUAGCACCGAGGGGGGUGGGAAUUCAGCACUUGGAUGGACUAGCAUAGUAUGAGUCAGACUUCUCUUGUACAAAUCGAAUUAACUGAUUUGUGAAGUUAAAAGGUUGUACUCAUUGUAUUUACAAAGAAUAAAAAUAUAUUGAAUUUAAGUAAA